AUGGAGAAAGUGAAGGUCAUUAGAGAGCGAGUUAAGAUAGCUCAGAGUCGCCAAAAGUCCUAUACAGAUAUUAGCAGGAGGGAGUUGGAGUUUGAGAAAGAAAAACUUAGUCCUCGUUACAUAGGUCCUUAUCACAUUACGAGGAGGAUUGAUGGGGUUACUUAUGAGUUGGAUUUGCCAGUGAGUUUAGCUUCUGUCCAUUCUGUGUUUCAUGUAUCAAUGUUGAAGAAACAUAUUGAGGAUCAUUCUCUUGUUUUGCCUGUGGAAGAGGUUAAUGUAAAAGACUCAUUAUCAUAUGAGGAAGAACCCGUUGCUAUUUUAGAUCGUCAAGUCUGA